AUGCAGGACUGGGCCUGCUGACAGCUGUGUGCAGACAAGGCCAGGCAGGGGUCAGAUUAGUGAGCAGCAGAGAAAGGAGGCUGCAGCUGGGAGGUGUGGAGCUCCUGGAAAUGGAGCUUUCUCCAUUCCCCACGCAUUUUGUGUGCUAGCUAACGCGACAGAUUACUGUGUGCUGGUUGGGGGUAAGACACUGACUAAAACUAGAGUCCCCAUGUGUCAGGUGCUGAACAAAUGCCAGUCAGGAUAACUUCCUUCUCCAAACGACUUAAAGAGUGGCAGAGAGAUGAAGUGGCCUGACCUUGCUUAUCCUGCUCAGGUUAUUGGUUGCUGUCUGACCUAAGCUCUUAUAAAGUAACCCAAUACUCUGCCCCUCCAGAACAAACCCAGCAAAUGCUCCCUGCUGAGGAGCAGCAGUGAGUCCUUAGCAGGCUGCUCCCCAUCUGGAUAGGCUGUUAUUGGGGUGACUCAGGAGCUGCUUCACAAAAUGCAGGAAACGUUUCCCAUCUUUAUCCUGAUUGCAUCUGAACUAUUGGAUUUAUCUGGUGCCUCCAGAGACGAGCCCCACAUCAGUGGAGCACCAGGCCUGGGCUCUGCUGGGGGAGCCCAGCUGAGAGCCGAGAGCAGCCCGGUGCCCAGCGAGGAGCAACCCGUUACAGGAGCUGACUCGGAGGAGGUGACCUUCCACUUCCAGACUGCAGCAGUUGAUCCUACCAGUGAAAUGACAGCUGACUUCAUUGCUGUCCACACAGAGAGAGCUCCAAGAGCAACAGCCACGCUGCCUAAGGAGGUGGUUAGGAACUUGGAGGGGUCUGAUCGACUGCCUGCUUUAAAACUCCAGGAUGGAGAUGCAUUUCCUAACAAUCUCCUGAGUAAUGUAAGUGUCCCCUCCUCUGCACAAGGACCACAGGCCACCACCCAUCCAGAGCAGUCAGAGAGGUCAGUGCCAGGCAGAGCUCAAACUGUCCCCGAGGCUGCCCUCAGCCCGACCAGCAGUGCUGGGCUGCCCCAGCCCACUCCCACUGUGGGGGUGCACCAAGACUCUCGGGGGGUUGCAGCCAUCUCUCCCAUUCCUAUUCUCAAGCAGAGGGAGGUGCCAAGUCCUAAAAUUUCUCUUCUGACUUCAACGGUAAAUUUCCAUCCUCCAAGAAAAGAGACAGCAGCAUAUCCGUUUCCCACCAGUGUUAGGAUGGCUCUUGUAAAUGCAGGGGUGGGCCAGUUACCAGCACUAGCACCCCCCACUACAAAAAGGCCAAAGGAUGCAAGUCCCCAAGUCCAGCCUGACAGCAGAGCUGCUGUGACACCUGCAUACGUCAAGAGUGUAGAUGCUCAACUUACUACUUCUGUAAUCGCACAAAAGCCAGCUUCGGUCGGCCUUGAUGCAGCCUAUUUCAGAGUCAUGAAAACAACUGCUGUUCAGUUUCCCCCUCUUUUAUCUCUUAACCAAGAACCAGCAGGCAGUGAAGACAGAAACUCAGUAACAGCUGUGAUAAAGGGCUCUAGACACUCAACUGUGUUGCCUGCUCUUCAGCAGCUCCUGCAAGGCACUGGGCACUCUUCUUCAUUACCAAUGCAUCCUGAAGCUCUAGGUCAUGAUGAUUUGAUUCCACCUCCAUUUCAAGGGGCUGUCAAUGUAGCUGGUAGACCACAGCCUCUCCUGUUGUCCCGGACUCUCAACUGUACUAAGCACCAUGCUUCACAUGACACUAACAGGAGCACUCAGGAAAGCACAGUCCUAGUUUUACAAAGAGAUGCUGAUCACCAGAUGAUGACAAGUAAGCCUGAAAAAUCCACAUCCUCUGAGAGCCCCCGGGCUUCUUCUAAUUCACCUUCACUAGGGCAGUCACAAAUCGCCAUGGUAAACCUCUCCCAAACUACCAGAGAGCUAAAAGGAGCCACGUUUCCACCCCUUCCAAGUGCAUCUACCUUGGAGAAGGCAGCCCUUCCACCUUUAAGCACUCCUGCUGCUGUUCACGCAGCAAUUCCGCCACGAGCUACAUCUGUUCCUCCUUAUGCUGGAUUGCAGCCGAUGGGUGUCCCCACCUCUGCUGCGAGAGGACUCCACGUACUGACUUCAACUGCUGGUUCUGGGUCUCAGGUUCAAGGUGUUUCAGCCCAUCCUGGACCUCAGGAAGCAUUUGCUGCGAUGCCACAGAUGAGCACAGUGGAAGAUUCCAAGGGACAGAAAAGUCUUCCACAUCGGAUAGAUAAGGCUGGUUCUCCACUGACUCCACAAGCCAGCGUGGUCUCCAGCCCCUCUGGACUGCAUGAGGAGAACCAGAAAGCUUCUCGUGACAGCUCUGCCCCUUCAGCCUCCACGAUCCAGCAUGCUGGCAGCCUGGAAGCUUUUGUUGCCAGCUUGCACCCACCCCACGCACAGGAAAGCCAGUCCAGCACAACAACAGCACGUCCUGAGCCGGCAGUGCCCGUUGUUUCUCAGAUCCCAGCACAUCUGGCCCAAGCACUGCUGCAGCAGUUUGGUGCAUCGCAUGAUGCAGCUACCAAAAACCUCAGCAUUUUCAGAACUGAUCACCCCAAAAUGUUCCCAUCAUCUCUGUAUUUGUCCUUUCUGCUUAAGAAUACUGAUGGCAUGAUAUGCCUGCUUCCCAUGCAAGAGUCCCCUUUGCCUGCAAGUUUCCCUAAUAUCAGUGUUGGGACUCUGGUUUCUGUUCAGCAAAUCCUGGCAGCAUCAAAUUCUUCAUUAGUAGAUCUUGCAAACUUGCAAAAUGGAAGUCCUUCUAGCUUAAUUCUGGUUAAGCCUGUUUUUAUCCUUUUUCCCACGGACAGAGCAGACUUACAGAUGGUGCCCUCUCCUCAGGGUGAAGAUGACCACAGAAGUGCCCUCUUAUUCACAAACAAGCAAGGUCUGACCAUGGUUACCAAUGGACACAGCCGUGAUAUCCCAGAGAAAACCAGCUCCUCGUAUCCCACUAGUGAGUCUCUGAGACCUCAGACUGCUCUCUCCACUGCUCCUGACCAGCGAGCAGAGAAAGCAAAAGCAACUUCUCAGCCAGUGCUGACUACUGCGAGUUACGUGGCCAACCCUAGUUCCUUUCAAGCCACUGCCCCAGCAGCAGAUCACUUUCUGGACCUGCAGCUGAGGAUGAGCAUAGCAGCACAGGCUGCUCACCCGCAGGAGAUGCCUGAGGGGCUGCAGGCAGCGCCUGCCCCUUCCCUGGGGGCUGAGGAGCCUUCCCCUGGUGGUACGGCAACCAAGCCUCCUGCCCCCCCAAGGCAACCAGUACUGGUGCCUGCACAGCAUAGCCCUACAGCCCCCACAGGGUUUUUAAAAGCUGAAAAGCCUCUUUCUUCUUCUCUAACCCCUUUGCUGUCAGCAGUGGGGCUCACUGCUCUUCCGAUGCCAGCUCAGCCUCCAUUUACUGUCGCAGGGUCUGGGGAUCAGGGGCAGCGCGGUGUGGGACUGGCGCUACAGAGCACCACCCGUGGCCAGGGCUCAGUGAGCCCAUCUUCCUCUGCCCCAGUGCAGUGCACAGAGUGUUUGAGCUCAGCUGGAACUGUAAAAUAUCCAUUAAAGAUGUCCCCAAGCAUUGUGCCUUUGCCGUCCAUGUCACAAAGUCAGCCAAGCACCGAGUCACUCCAAAGGCUGCCGUCACAAGUUGCAUUUGUACCCAGCACCGUGUCGGCUUUCUCAGCAUUUCUAGCUGGAAAUGAUGGCAGAAGCUCAGCAGCGGACAGCACUGCUUCUUCUGGAGUCACUUUGCAUGCUAAAGCAGCAUCAGUCCCCCCCACCUCUAUAAAACCUGAUCUCACCACGCACUUGGAAUUUAUUACCAUCAUGCCCAAGCCCAUGGUCAGGAUGGAGACCCCAACAGCAGUACCAGCACGCACCAUGCAGUCAGCGAAGGUCAAAACAGCAGCUUCUGGGAAACUGCUGGUGACCAGCACCCCCCCAGAGAUGUACAGCACGUCCCCCGUGAGCCUGCCCUCACCGGUGUCUGUGCGAGUUCCCCUGCCAUCCGCUGCGAAACGUGACCAAAGCAGUCAAGCACCUUCUGCAUUGUCCUCACCAGCCAGUCUGGGAGAAAAUGGGAAACCAACCGAAGGCACAAGCCCAAGAAAACGGGGAUUCUUGGGAACCAGCACGUCCCUGCCGGCCGUGUUUAGCACAAAGGCAGAGCAGCCCCCUGCAGCAGCUCUUGGCAGCCAGACUGGUGUAGCUCCAGCACAGCCGUCUGCGGCUGCAGAGCCUGUGAUUGCUCUCGAGAGUGAGCCUAAAUUAACACAGACCACCUCGCCAUCUCCAUUAGCGGUGACUUCUCUCUCUGCAGCUAAGAAUGAUUAUAUCACCACUUCAGUUACCCCAAAAAAAGUGUUUUUCCUGCCAACAUCAGCUCUCCAAUCUGACCCAAAGGUGGUGUUUCCUACAAUGGCUGUAAUGAACAGCUCAGCUAAGGUCCCUGCAUCAGGGACAAAGAGUGAGGAUGUGUUUCUGGAAGGGGACACGGCCACUGCCAGCCAGGAGCUCAGCCAAGCAGCCACGUCCUCAGCACCUCAGGCCCGGGAGGAGAAGGUGCCCAGGGAAGCCCGCAUGGAGCAGGACGCUGCUGGGCAGCCCACGGGGCCAUCUACAGCAAAAUCACUUUCUGUACCUGCGAGUAAGGUUACCAGUGAGCCAGCUGCCUCCAAUAAAGCAGCUGAUGAUGAUGCUGAGACGCUCCUAACCAGAGACCUGAGACCACUGCCUCCUACCACAGAGAGCCCCUUGCGUCCUGCGGGGGCCAUGGCAGCACGCACAGCGGUGAGCGAUCCCCAGCUGGGUGCCACGGGCACGGAGGCCGAGGAGGAUGCCGAGGAGGAGGCCGGACCACACUGGGUGACCCACAGAGCCCCCACAGGCUCAGAACCUGCCCUUACACCCCUGGGUUCGGAGCUGAGUGACUCCCGGCAGAGGAGGGUUCUGCAGCAGGACGGUGCCGUUCUCAGCGGGAUCGCAGUUGUCAGCGAUGAGGCCUGCGGCUCUGGCAACUACACGGUGCAGAUGAGCCUGCGCCCUGUGGCAGAAGCGAGCCCGGAGCUGCAGGGCUCAGCGCUUCCCCAGGACACCUUCCUGGCCUCCCUGGCCAUGCGGAGCAGCAGCAGCCAGCCCGUGCUGCGGGUCCGCUCCUGCUGCGUGACACCCUCCAGCAGCCCGGGGGGCCCCGGCGCCGUGUGCUGCCUCCUCCCCAGGCUGCUACCUGAAUGCAGACACAUCCAGCUGCUGCAGAGCAGUGAGCCCAGAGCUGCCAGCUUCACCAUCCAGCUGUUCCAGAUGCUGAAUCACUCGGUGGCUUAUUUGCACUGCGAGCUCAGUGUGUGUCUGCACGGCAAACCGGGCUGUGAACAGGGCUGCAUUGACAGUGUGGAGCCGCUUCCCCAGCCAGGUGACAGGAACAGCCCUGGGCAGCUGCGCAACCUGAUCUCGUUUGGUCCAGUUCUGCGACUCAAGGACAGGUUUCUCUAUAAGCCUGUGCAAGGUCCCGAUUCUGCCGUGCUGGUGCCCAUUCUGCUGGGGUCCCUGACUGGCUUUGCUGUCCUGGGCAGUGCUUUCAUCAGCCUUUGGCUGCAUCACAGACAGAAAACCAAAAGCUCAGGUUGUCCACGGUUUGGAGAAAUCCGUGGCCUGUGAACUAGGAGCAGCUGACUUCUGCAGAUCCCACAGCACAGCUACAAUGAUCAGAAAAGCGACUGAUUCUGCAUUGCACACUGUAUUGCUUUGUAGAGCUUCUGCAGACCCAGGGCGCAAGCUCUCCAGCCUCUGCCUUAAGCGCAUCUCUCCUGCCUUUCUUCCCUUCAUUGUGAGCUGAUCCACAAGCUGCAGCAUAGAGAGGGCUGUAGGAGCAGCUCAGCUAAAAGGGAGAGCAGAGCUCACAAUGCCAUAUGUGCAAGCACCAGCACGCAGUCUGUUCACAGAAAUGGAAAAGUUGUCAGGGUGCAGGGAUCUACCUAAAAUAAAGCACUAGACUAGAGCCAUGCCAGCGGGCAGACCAGCUUGUUAAGAAAAUAACAAAACUCAAGGUUAGUGGCUGGGAACAGGGAGAGGAACCAAGAGCUUCAGAGAUCCAGCUCAGCA